UUGCACCCAACAGAGAGCGCUAGUGCUGCACAUUCGCUCCAGAGACACACACUCAUAAAGACACACAGUACACAGACUCCACUGUCUGUACAAACACAGCAGGAGGAAACACUCCGACUAAUGGCGUCUUCACAACGCGUUCGACGGAGCAGCUGAUUCUUAUCCUGCCUCCAAAACUACAUGAAAACAGAAGCCCCGCAGCAGGCAUCAUGACCACAGCUAGGUACCGACCCACCUGGGAUUUGGCCCUGGACCCGCUGGUGUCCUGUAAGCUGUGUCUUGGAGAGUUUCCCUUGGAGCAAAUGACCACCAUCACCCAGUGCCAAUGCGUCUUCUGCACCCUGUGCCUGAAGCAGUAUGUGGAACUUCUCAUCAAAGAUGGCUUUGAAACGGCCAUCAGCUGUCCAGACUCAGCCUGUCCAAAACGUGGACAUUUACAAGAAAAUGAGAUUGAAUGCAUGGUGGCCACCGAGAUAAUGCAGAGGUACAGGAAGCUGCAGUUUGAGAAGGAGGUGCUGCUGGACCCGAGCCGGACCUGGUGCCCGUCCUCCACGUGCCAGGCCGUGUGCCAGCUGAAGGAGUCUGACACGACGCUUCCUCAGUUGGUGCGGUGCAAUGUUUGCGCACUUGAGUUCUGUUCCGCCUGCAAGUCCAGCUGGCACCCAGACCAAGACUGCCAAGAGAACGUUCCCAUCACCGCGUUUCUGCCCGGAGAGAGCAGUUCGUUCUUUAAGGCUGACGAUGACGAUGCCCCCAUAAAACGCUGUCCCAAAUGUAAAGUUUACAUAGAAAGAGACGAGGGCUGUGCCCAGAUGAUGUGCAAGAACUGCAAGCAUGCUUUCUGCUGGUACUGUCUGGAGUCUCUGGACGACGACUUCCUCCUGAUCCAUUAUGACAAAGGACCCUGCCGGAACAAAUUAGGCCACUCCAGAGCCUCCGUGAUCUGGCACAGAACGCAGGUUGUUGGAAUCUUUGCCGGUUUCGGCCUCCUCUUACUGGUAGCCUCUCCGUUCCUGCUGCUAGCCACACCAUUCGUGCUGUGCUGUAAGUGCAAGUGCAGCAAAGGCGACGAUGACCCUUUACCCACCUAAGAGCCCGGCGAGAGCAGUCCCUGUACGGGGAACUUCGGUCAUCUCCUUUAAUCGUUUUUCUUUUCCUCCUCCGCCUUCGAGCUCUUCAUCAACCGGUGGGACAUCUCACGCCGCGGUUACUGUCACAGCUAGCUGAGUAGGCUCCAUCCCGGCAGACCUGAUGAGACUAACGGAGACUUCAUGAGCCUGCUGCUUGCAUAGGUGGAGGAUUCAAGAGCUGGGGGUUCCCUCCACAGUAACAAAAGAGAUGUUACUGAAGGAGCACAGCGCUGUCCCAUCCCGGCGCUUGUCUGUUUUGUGGAUGUUUCGCAUAUUUGGCUGUUCUGGAGGGUUCUGUUCUAAUAGAACAUACAGUAUAUUCAGUGUGUUUAUGUCUGUUUCUAUGUGUAUAGUAGCAUUUCAGUCACACGCCUAGUCUUUAUUACUUGUUUUGCACAGAUAAGGGGAUUUUUGUCACUUUAAAUGCUCUAGAGUGAGUAGAUUUCAGUUUGGACUCAAAUUGAUAGCUAAAAUGGUACUUUAAAUGUUUAAUAACUGCUACAUUUUACAUUCAUUAGUUUGCUUUUUUCAUGUCAGUUUAUUGUCUUUUAUUGACAAACCUAGUUUGAUUUGGCAGAUUUUGGCUGUUGAUGUCAUAAGGAAAUGAUAUUUGCCAUUUACAUUUUUCUCAGUGCACUUAAAUGUUGUUUCUUGCCUUGAGUGACCUCCUUAAAACAUAAAAAUUAUUCCAAAGCA